CGUCUUCUUCCACCAUGCCCGUCUUCUACUCGCCCCUUCCAGAAAACGUACGCGUUGGCCUCGCCUACGUGGGAACGUCGGUGCUCACCAACAACAGGACAGCAGACAGCAAAGACCAGGAGGAACAUUCCGUGGUGAACGAGCUGGUGUCUCACCUUCCUCUGCAGAUGUUGCUCUACUUCAGCAUGUUUUAUUUCCCCUGCUGGUGGUUCUCCUCCGUCUGCAUGCUGCAGUUGAAGUUCGACUUCCUCCCGGCGUACUAUCAGGGUCUCCUCAUCACCGGGGUGGUCCUCCUGACGCUCAUUGAAGCGCUCAGACUCUACCUGGGCUACGUUGGCAACCUGAAAGAGAAGGUGCCGGAACUGUCGGCCUUCUGGCUCCUGACGUUCCUGUUCCAGCUCCCGGUGAUUCUUUUCUUCCUGACGGACGAGAAGAUCCUCAUCCUGCCUCUGGAGCGGGCCGUGCACAGCCUAUACUUGACUUUCCUGCUGGCCCAGAUCCUGGCCGCCAUGUUGGCGCUCAGGAGGAUGACCCGGAAGCUCACCCUGCUCUUCCACCUGCGCCAUCUGGGCAAAGAGGACAGCUUGGGACGCCGCUGCACGCCCGUCCACGGCCUGUCGUACCCCCGCGGCGUGCUGCCGGUUUCGCCCGCCGGGGCCGCCUUUUAAACUUUUUAUUUCAUCAGUUAUUCAUAAUUUACUAAUGCUGUUAAUAAUUAGUAUAUAGUCCUAAUGAUUCCAUUGCUAGAACUAAAAAAUACUUAAUUAUGUAUUUUAGCUAAAUAAUAUAUUUUAUUAUUAUAUUAUCACAAUUAUAAUAAAUCAUUUUUCAUAAGGAUUUGAUUGUAAUAUUUAAUUAUAGCAAAAUAUAUCACAGAUGUAAUAUAUAUAUGAUCAAUUAUAUUUUUAAAUUAUUUUAAAUAAUAUAUAAACGUAUACCAUAAAAAUAUAAUAAAAUAAACAUUACAAAUAUAAUAUAAAAUAUGAUAUAUUUCAUGUAAUUUAUUUGCCAGCUUGUCUGUGAGCGUAGAAGAUGAGGGUGUGUUGACGCAAUCUGACCACUAGAGGGCAGGCGUUGACUUUCAGAUACUCCACGAGGCACAACACAGUAAAAUCAAAUAAAAAUAUAUUUUUUAAUGAUAAUUCCUCUGGAAUAAACUCUUUAUUUUCAAGUUUAAAGGCUAGCUAUUUUCACAAAAAAGAAGUUCACGUUUAGAAUGCAAAUUUUGCAUAUUUGUUAGAAAACGUUUGACGUUUUGGAAGAAAAACAAAUAUAUGUAAAAAAAAAACCAAAAAAAAAACAUUGCAUAUAUUUUUGUAGAAAAUAAACAUGUAUUUAUGAUUAGGGCAAUUUGUUUUGUUUUUCACAAAACAAUUUUUUAUUAAAAAAGGUAUAUUUUAAAGGACAAAAGUUAAAGUUGGGUAUUAGACUUUCUAUAGUUUAAUUUUCAUUAGAAAGAAAGUCACAUUUUCUUUGGAAUCACUUUUUUGGACACAAAAAUUGCAUCUUUUUUUUUUAAAUAUAUAUAAAUAUUCCAUAAAAAGCCACAUUUUGAAAAAGUUAGACAUUUUUUUUACAUUUUAUCAGAACUGGUUAUGAAUAAAAUAAAAAUCUGAUGUUUUUUCAUCUUGGAAAGGUUGUGUAUUUCUGUAAAAAGUUGUAAAUUUUUGGAAAAAAAGAGCAUGUUUUGGAGGUGAAGAAUUAUUUAUUUUGAGAGGGAACGUCUCGUUUAAAAAUCACUUAAAAAAAUUUUUGAAACCACAAAAAAAAAACUUUUGGACUCUGCCUAACUGUAGUUUUUUGGUUUCUACUUUUGCCUUGUUUUUGUCAUUACCCCUU